AAAAUCAACAUCUUAUUCAGCGAGGUCAACAUGGACAUCAGUUUAUUUUAAAUCAUUUUUUUGGAACAAGUUCUGUAAUAUAUAAUGUAACUGGAUGGAUAAGAAAUAGUCGUGAACUUCCAGUUACUCGACAUGCUGCUACAAUUCUUCAAGAUUCAAAAAAGGAUUACAUCUGUCAGUUAUUUGUUUCGUGUCGAGGUUUAUUUCCUGCUGUUGGAAAUUGUUCUUUGUUUAGUAAUGAUAAUUUUGGGAGUUUGCGCAGGACAUCUAGUAUUCGUCGUGCUCAAACUGUUGCAAUGACUGGAAUCAAAAGACGUUCACUUCCGUUACAAAUUAAAUCAACAAUA